AUGAUGUUCCCACAAUUCAAACUCUUUGCAAGAGCAGCAUCACGGAUUCCACCCGUGAAACUACAGUACAAAAACAUGCUCAAAAACCCCUCCGUCAAAUACCCACCACCAAAACAAAUCAAGUUGAACAACCGUGAAUGGCCCAGUAAAGUAGUGACAAAAGCACCCAGAUGGUUAUCCACCGAUUUACGAGACGGGAACCAAUCAUUACCUGACCCCAUGUCAAUCCUGGAAAAGAAGGAAUAUUUUCAUAAAUUGAUUGAUACGGGGUUUAAGGAAAUCGAAGUUAGUUUCCCUCUGGCUUCACAAACCGAUUUUGAUUUCACGAGGUAUGCAGUUGAGAAUGCUCCUGAGGAUGUAGCUAUCCAAGUCUUGACCCAAUCGAGAGAACCCUUGGUGAGAAGAACGGUUGAGUCGGUAAAGGGUGCCAAGAAGGCGAUUAUUCACAUUUAUUUGGCUACUUCGGAUGUGUUUAGAGAAGUUGUGUUUGGUAUGUCGCAGGAAGACGCUAUUGCCAAAGCUGUUGAGACUACUAAAUUGGUGAAAAGUUUAACCAAAGAUGACCCAAAUAUGAGGGAAACUGAAUGGAAUUUGGAGUUUUCUCCCGAAUGUUUUUCAGAUACCCCUGUUGAAUUUGCCGUGGCUAUUUGUGAAGCUGUGAAACAAGCAUGGGAACCUAGUGUUGAGCAUCCAAUGAUUUUCAACUUGCCUGCAACGGUUGAAGUUGCUGGUCCAAAUGUAUAUGCUGAUCAGAUUGAAUACUUUUGCAAACAUAUUACUGAACGUGAGAAAGUUGUUGUUUCUGUGCAUUGUCACAAUGAUCGUGGAUGUGGUGUCGCAGCUACUGAAUUGGGAUUGUUAGCCGGUGCUGAUCGUGUUGAAGGUUGCAUAUUUGGCAAUGGUGAACGUACUGGUAAUGUUGACUUGGUUACAGUUGCAUUAAACUUGUAUACACAGGGUAUUUCACCAAAUUUGGAUUUUUCAGAUUUGCAGAGUUUGAUUGAUGUUAGUGAACGUUGCAACAAGAUUAAAGUGCCUGAACGUGCUCCAUAUAGUGGAUCGUUAGUUGUUUGUGCAUUUAGUGGAUCGCAUCAGGAUGCAAUCAAGAAGGGGUUCAGCUAUGAGCGUGAUGACGAGAAAUGGGCAAUUCCUUAUUUGCCUUUGGACCCUAAGGAUAUUGGCAGAACUUAUGAGGCUGUGAUUAGAGUCAAUUCCCAAUCUGGUAAAGGCGGAAGCGCCUGGGUUAUCUUGAGAUCAUUGGGUUUGGACUUGCCUAGACACUUACAAGUGGCAUUUUCAUCCAUUGUUCAAGCUAAAGCUGAUCAAUUGGGAAGAGAGUUGCAAAUUGAUGAGAUUGUUGAUGUUUUCAACAAGGAAUAUCUUGUGCAAGCACCAUUAUCCAUUGUAGAUUUCGAAAUCACCAAGAGUAAGAACGAUCUCAGAGAGAUUUUUGCACAGUUGAAGGAUGAUGUCAAUGGCAAAGAGAUUGUUAUUAAAGGUGAAGGAAAUGGACCAAUUUCUUCAUUUAUUGACGCUAUUGGUAAGAAGUUUGGAACAUUGUUUGAAGUUGUUACUUAUCAAGAGCAUUCAUUAGGUACAGGAUCAGCCUCCAAAGCUGCUACAUAUGUUCAAUUGAGCUAUUUGAACAAUGCUAAUGAGAAGGUUACAAAAUGGGGUUGUGGUAUCAACCAUGAUGUCAGUCAAGCUUCGAUGGAAGCUAUUUUGAGUGUCGUUAACUCAUUGUUAAACGAAGGAAGCAUCAAGGUGCCAAGUUAG